UGAAACGGGACUGACACUAAUAUAUAAAAACAAAAUGCUUACAAUAGUGUGUGGCAUGCGUAAGUGUUCUGGAUCCAGAGCCCCGUCAGCCCUGCCAGCUGGGGACACGGUACCUACCUCCGAUGCCCUGUCCCUCGCGGACAAGCUCUCUGGAAAUGACAGAAACGUAUGCCUUGCUGGACAGUGUGGACAUAGGGCCACAAAGGCCACCAGUUUGGCCAAAGGGUGGACAGCACUAAACCACUCCCUUAACCCACUGUUUUCCUCGGAUCCUCGGAGCACAGACAGAGCUCUCCUCCUCGCUACACAUACCGGAGCCGCGUCUGUCUUGCAUGUACUCCGGGCGGCAUCACUGCGAACACCCAGGCGUCUGCAGGCCUGGGUGCGACGGCGCCCCCAUUGCCCCGCGGGGCUCCCUGGCGGCCAGCACCCUGGCCUACCAGGUCGGCCCCCACGGCAGCCUUCCGCCUGGUCUGUGUUUGCACCCGGGCUCGGCUCCGGAAAGCCCGCGGGUGAGGCGACUACCAGCCUUUGGGGCGGCUGCGUGGCAGGGAAGGGACGCAGACGCGCUCCCACACGCAUCCAGCCGCCGCCAGCGCAGCCUCGGCGGAGACGAAAAAUAUUAUCAAGCUUUCAUACAUCCUCCUGGGCUCCUUCUUUGCCCCAACAGCCGGCUUCCUCCGUGAUGGCGAGGCCAGUCCACUGUGUGCCUCAGGGGGUUAUUCACCUCAGCCAGGCGGACGUGACCAGCCCGGACGACUCUCACUCCCUCCGAAGUGGGAAGACUGACCUGAGGAGGGGACCAAAGGCUGCUGGCACAAGACGACCAGGCAGAGGGAUGUCAGGGCUGAAGUCAGGGCUCUGGUCUCACGAUGAACGACCCUGUCCUCCUGCCAAGAGGCCACGUUGCCCCCAACACCCAAAGGGAACAUCCAGAUAGGUUAUUUUGAUCGCAGAGAUGCGAGUCAAGGAGGAACUGAUCCUCCACAGAUAGAAGAAAAGAAUGUGAGCUGCUGUCACUUCAACACAAUAAAUCAGAAGGAUGUCCCACGCUGCUCUGUCAGCACCACCAUUGCAUCUGGGGACUAAGAAUGAAAUCCUGUGACUCGGAUCCCCAAAAUUGGAAAAAAAAAAAAAAAAACCAGCGAAACCUGUGGUAUAUCAGGAUUCAAUAAAAGUUAAAAGAAAAAAAAAAAAAAAGAAUCUGUCCCUGAAGCACUUUGCACAUCUCAUUGGGUCUGUGGGAGUCUAAGUCCCACGGGAAUUGUGGGGCCCGGACGCCACUCCCCUGCCCCUCGACGCCCAGGAUCCCCCAGGAAGAGCAAAAAGGCAACAGGAGCUACAUUUCC